AUGCAUGUUCUUCAGCAACAGUCUGAAGGCUUUGGAAAACUUCAGCUGAUCGAUGCCAUGAUACAGUGCGAGGGCACAGGGGAGGAGCACCUCUAUGAAGACUUCCAAGACCUUGACCUCUCCCAGUUGGAUGCCAGUGAUUUGGAUUCUGCCAGCUGCUUCAGUGAACUUCAGUGGGGCCCUGAAACAUCUGAAAAUGGGUUCAGCCAGUGUGGCACCUGUGGAGAAGACUCAGAACUUUUCCAGAUCAUAAGUGGUGAAAAUGAGGCCCUGUUGGCUGCUCUCACUGAGACCCUGGAUGAUAUCCAGGAAGAGGACAUGGGCCUGGCUGCCUUCCACACUCUGGAAGAUGAGGACGUGCCCACCCCAGGCCCCACCUCACCUGUCCCCUCACCCAAAGCCAGUCCUGAUGCCCUGGAUGGGCUACAGACCCUUGGGUCUGAGGUUGAUGAACUGUCUCUGUUGCAGAAGCUACUCCUCUCACCAUCCCAUACUACUCCAAACUUGGAGGCCCAGAAGGAAGGGGCUUUCCGGCGACAAGGAGCAUCUAAGUCAAAAAGCCAACGACCUUACCUCAAGAUGGAAAGCCCCCCGGACAAGAAGUCCUCGCCUCCCCAGACUCAGAGCCGAAGCUACACUGAACUGCACAGGCAUCUCACCUCGGCUCCCUGCUGCCCCCGCACUAUCUCUCGGGCUCCAGACAGGGGAUGGCAGCAGCUGCCUCCCUCCCCACCGGCCCAGAGCCCUCGACCCCCCAUCAAGGAAGAAAGUGACUCAGGCGAGGAUUGCUCAAGCCCGAGGCUUGCCCAGACCUCGUCCCUGGCCUCUCCUAAGCCAUCUGCUGAAAGCACUGGAACCCAGUUUGCCUGUGCAGAGGACAUGCGUGCCAUGGUGGAGCUGAUCCGUUACAUGCAUACCUACUGCCUUCCCCAGAGAAAGUUGCCCAUCCAAGGCUCCCCAACACCCCCUCAGCCGUGCAACAACCCUUUCAAGAAAGCCAAGGCCGACUGCAUGUUACAGAAGGCAGCAUCCUACAAGAACGAGGAGAGGAAGCCACCAGACAACCUGGUGCAGAGGCCAGCAACUGUCCAGCCUCCCAAAGCUUCCUGGUCCAAAUUCUCCAUACUGAGAGAGCUGCUGGCUCAAGACCUCUUCUGUGAUGUGAGCAAGCCCUACCGGCUGGCCAUGCCAAUUUACGCUUCCCUGUCACCCAGCACCAAGCCCAGCCCUGGGCCCUCUGAGGAAAGCCAAAGACCCUCAUCAGAGAAGGCCUGUGAGGUGCGGAUCAAGGCCUCCCCCGGGACCCCGGAGCCCAGGCCCAGCUUCAGGCCCCUGAAACUGGAAGUGAAGGAAGAAAACAGUGCCCUACCAGCGGCAAAGGAGGAAGAGGAGGAAGGGCAAGGGGAGGUGAGAAUGUGUACGCAGAGUCCACCUCUGUCAGCUGGGACCAAGAUGGGACGGAAGCCAGAGAGCUCUAUUUAUGCCGUUCGACGCUCCAAGAGACUGAACCCCGAACUAGGCCCAUGGCUUUCCUUUGUGGAUGAGGCACCCCCAGAAGAGAGAGCAGACCCUCUGCCCUCCCUGUGCCUAGACCCAGAGACCUACGAUGCUGAGGUGGAAGUCGAGGUGGGCAGCCCGGAAGAAGGACAAAGCGUUGGUGACCAGUCCCAGCAGAGAGCAGCCCAGCUCCCUGCCCUGGAGAGCCCUAGCGAGAGUGGGAGUGGUGAGCCCGACGAAGACCACGGCUGCCCUCGAUUAUGCUCGAGAGAAACUUCCAGGUGCUUCACACUGGCCUUGUCACAGAAUGACCCUUCUCUGGGGAAACGGAAUUUUGACCAGGUGCUGACAGUGGAGCUCUGCGGGACAGCAGGUCUUACACCACCAACCACGCCACCCUACAAACCUAUUGAGGAAGACCCCUUCAAGCCAGAAGUGAACCAUAAGCCAAACAAAGAGACAGCGCCAUCCACCCCCUCCCCAGAAGGUCCUCGGCCUGUGGCAACUGCUAGAGGGCCCCAUAAGUCCCGAAAGAAGUAUCCUGAGAGGAGUGAGCUCUUGGCCCACCUGAGCCGAGCCACAGCUCAGCCAUCCCAGGUAGGCCAGAAGCGACCUUUUUCCCGAUCCUUUGGAGACCAUGACUACUGCCAGGUCCUCAAGCCAGAAGGAUCCUUCCAGAGGAAGGUGCUGAGGUCGUGGGAGCCCUCCUCAGCCCACGCAGAGGACAGAUCCCAGCCCAGGGUUUCUAGGGCUGAUGUACAAGGACUGAGCAAGGAAAGUGCAAGCUGCAAACCUCCCAAUAAGGACAGCAAGCCCCUAAGAGACCAUGAGAUCCGAGCCAGCUUAACGAAGCACUUUGGGUUAUUGGAUGGCACCUUGGAGGAGGAAGAUUUUGCCUUGUGCAAGAGCCCGGAAUAUGACACUGUUUUUGAGGACAGCAGCAGUGACAGUGGUUUCCUCUUGGAGGAAGAGGAGGACGAUGAGGAUGAGGACCUCUGUGUCCAUUCCCUUCCAUGUCAGCACUGCCUCCACCCAAGACCCUUCAGCAAAGCCAGUUGGCAUCACGGCUCUCGGAGCCGAUCAAGCUCGGGCUCUUCAUGUCACAGGUCCAGAUCUCCAGCAAACCGGAGGACUUUCAGAUGUGGAAACAAAGAACAUUGUGGAGAAGGAAGCCCGAGUGUCCGGCAUAUUGAGAAGAAGAGAGAAAAGGCCAUUCAGGGAGAAGGCCGGGUGGUAUACAUUAGGAAUCUCUCCAGUACUAUGAGCUCCAGUGAGCUGAAGAAACGUUUUGAAGUGUUUGGUGAGAUUGUGGAGUGUCAAGUACUGAAAAGGAACAAGAGGGGUGAGAAAGAUGGUUUUAUUACCUAUCGGUGUUCAGAGCACGCAGCCUUGUCCCUGAGGAAUGGUGCAGCCCUGAGGAAGUGCAACGAGCCCUUCUUCCAAUUGAGCUAUGGGGGCGUUGGGCAAUUCUUCUGGACCAGAUGCACUAACUUUGAUUCCAAUAUAGAAGAGGCCUCCCCGGCUUCGGUGAAAAACAAGUAUGAAGCCAUGGAUUUUGACAGCUUGCUGAAGGAGGCCCAGAGAAGCCUACAUCGAUAACAGCCUUAACCCUAGAGGAAUACCUCAAUACCUCAGUCAAGGCCCUUCCAAUAUGUUUACGUUUUCAAAGAAAUUAAGUAUAUGAAAAAAGAGAAAAAGAGAGUGAGAGAGAGAGAGAGAGAGAGAGAGA